CUCCAUACUUUAAUUGCUUUAUUCCAGGACUCCAUUCAACACACGUCUUCUUCUCUUCCUAGCCUCCUCCUCCUCCUCCUCCUCCAUAAAUACUUACAUAUAUAUAUAUAUAUAUAUGUAUGUAUAUAUCCAUGUACGAAGAAACCAGACUACAACAAUCUGAGACUCCAAUAUUUCUCUCCCAACGCUGCCAAUGAGGAGAAACAUUUCCACUCUCAUUGCAAUUGUGUUCGCCACUGCUUUCCUCCUCCAUUUUUGUUCAGCUCUCAAGGAGGGACAAACAUGUGCAGCAGACAAAAACUGCGAUUCCGGCUUACACUGCGAAACUUGCAUCAGCAAUGGAAAUGUACGGCCUCGGUGCACUCGUAUCAAACCCAUUAAUCCCACUUCUCAGGUAAAAGGGUUGCCAUUUAAUCGGUAUUCAUGGUUGACAACCCACAAUUCAUUUGCGAAGUUGGGUGACAAGUCGGCCACCGGCUCUAUUAUACUAGCUCCAACUAAUCAGCAGGACUCCAUUACCAGCCAGCUCAAUAAUGGCGUUCGAGGCUUAAUGCUUGAUAUGUAUGACUUCCAAAAUGAAAUUUGGUUAUGUCAUUCCUUUGGUGGCCAGUGCUACAACUACACCGCUUUUCAACCUGCCAUUAAUGUUCUAAAAGAAAUUCAAACAUUUCUGGAAGCAAACCCAACAGAGAUAGUGACCAUCAUAAUUGAAGACUACGUUACAUCUCCAAAGGGUCUGACAAAGGUGUUUGAUGCAGCUGGGUUGAGAAAAUAUUGGUUCCCACUCUCAAGAAUGCCAAAAAAUGGUGGAGAUUGGCCAACAGUUGAUGAUAUGAUCCAGAAAAAUCAGCGUCUGGUUGUUUUCACUUCCAAGGCAAGCAAGGAGGCUUCCGAAGGGAUUGCCUAUGAGUGGCGAUAUGUCGUAGAAAAUCAAUAUGGAAAUGGUGGAAUGAAAGCUGGGAAGUGCCCAAACAGGUCGGAAUCAGCUGCCUUGAAUACAAAAUCUAGAUCAUUAGUGCUGGUGAACUAUUUCAGAGAUGUACCAGAUUUGGCUCAAGCUUGCAAGGAUAAUUCAGCUCCAUUGCUAAAUAUGGUGAAUACUUGUUAUGAAGCUGCUGGAAAACGAUGGCCCAACUUCAUAGCCGUCGAUUUUUACAAGAGGAGUGAUGGUGGGGGAGCCCCAGAAGCAACAGAUGUGGUAAAUGGUCAUUUAGUAUGCGGCUGUGGAAACAUUGCCAACUGCAAGGCAAAUACGAGUUAUGGAGUUUGUGACAUACCAGAGGCUGGUGUAGCACCUGGAACUAAAGGAGUGGCUAAUGAAAUCGGAUCUGCUCACGGCCUUCGUACACCAUUCCCAUUCCUAUGGUUGCUAGGGACACUUCUUAUGACCAUUCUCUUGUAAUUUUUCAUUGUAUAUUGAUUAUUAAUUGUUUUUUUUUU